AUGGCAGAUUCAGACUCUGGAGCCACCAACUAUCCUGACACUGUUUUCACCGGAACCUUUGAUUAUUCAGACUUCCCUUCUCUGUGUGAUAAGAGCGAAGUGCAGAGUAUUGUCAGCACUUUGCAGCCGUGCAUCUACUCCCUGGUGUUUAUUGUGGGCCUGGUGGGGAAUAGCCUGGUGCUUGGGACCUACAUCUAUCACAACAGAAUGAGGGCAAUGACUGAUAUGUACUUAUUGAAUCUAGCCAUUGCUGAUCUCCUGUUUCUCUUCACUUUGCCUUUUCUGGCUGCCAGUUCCCAAAUUGGCUGGAUCUUUGGAACAUUCAUGUGUGCGUUUGUGCAGAUCUUAUACAAAAUGAACGUGUACAGUGGCUUUCUCUUCCUGAUGUGUGUCAGUGUUGACCGUUACUUUGUCAUUGUCCGAGCCACUGUUGCUCACAGAUUCCGGUACAGGCGACUGCGAUACAAUCGCGUCAUCAGUUUCAGUGUUUGGCUCCUUUCCUUGUUCCUCAGUCUUCAGCAGAUGAUUUAUGUCAAAGUGGAACUAGGUCCUGAAGUUGGCUGCUCAGUCAGUUACUCUGAGAACAUGAACACUUGGAUCAGAGUGGCUACACCAAUCCUGCAGAGUGUGCUGGGAUUCUUUCUCCCAUUGUUUGUCAUGAUUUUUUGUUAUUCUGUUAUAAUUAAGACCUUACUGCAGGCUCGAAACUUUGAAAAGCACAGAGCAAUCAAGGUGAUUCUUCUGGUGGUGCUGAUAUUUAUUGUUUUCCAAGCACCAUACAACAUCCUCAGUAUUAUCAACAUUAUGGACACACUGAGGGAAAACGGUCUUCCUUGUGCUGAGAGUAAACAGAGGGAUGUUGCCGAGCAGGUGACCAGCUGCCUGGCCUAUACCCGCUGCUGUCUCAACCCGAUCCUGUAUGUGUUUGUUGGAGCGAAAUUCAGGAGUAAUGUGUUGAAGCUGCUGAGACACCUGGGGUGUAUGGAGCAGAGGCACAACGCCUCUUCAACCAACAGAUCAACAUCAGGCGUGAACAUAGACAGCAGCAGCACCUUCACUUGGUAA